AUGAAUCUAUUAAUUUUUGUGUGUAUAAUAAUAUUGUUGCAAAGAUUUUCUUUGAUCGUAAAAGCAGAUGAAGUCGAAAUUGUUAAUCCCCAAGAAAAUACGGAAAUCGAAAUAAAUAAAUCGACUCCAAUUGAUUACGUUGUAAAACAAAAUGGAAUGGCAAUAUUAAAAUCGAUUCAAUUUUCAUCUUAUGAAUAUAAUACCAAUCCUCCUCCCGAAUGUUCAAAUGAUAAUGUUGAAAACAAUUCAAAUAAUUUAAUUUAUUCCAAAAAUCUUAUUGGAUUAAAAAAAUGUGCACUUAUUUUGAUAGAGAAAAAUAUAGCGAAUGUUACAAGAGAAGUAGACUUUAAAGAUAAAUUAGAAGGAGAAAUCAAUUGGUUUGUUGAUGGAGCAAUGUAUACAGUAGGAAAGCAAUAUUACAUUAAAGUUUCUUUGGAACUAAUAUAUAGAAAUACUAAAGGAAUUUGGGAUAAUUUGAUGGUUGAAUUUGUGAAUGGGCCAUUGCUGGCUAAAGAGAUUCAAGGAACUGAUGUAACUUCUGGCGCUAAACAUCGUAAAAAAAGAAAUUUCAAUAAUUCACGAAGUAAAUAA